CCAUAUAAUGCAUCCAAUUCUUUAGACGCUUUUUUAUAAGAAUUAAUAUUGCCAUUUGGAAAAAUGAAGCUAUUGUAUAUUGUUGGUUUGAUUGUUAUUGCUGAUUUUGCUGCCAGUAGUCCUAGUGAUUUCGCGCAACAGUUCAACAAAGUAUAUCAACCAGUUGAUGAGCCAGCUUUCAAAGGAAAAAUCUGGGCCGUGCUGGUUGCAGGAUCUAGUGGGUAUUACAACUACAGGCACCAGGCUGAUGUCUGUCAUGCUUACCAAGUGGUGCACAGCCAUGGGAUACCAGAUGAACAAAUCAUUGUGAUGAUGUAUGAUGACAUUGCAAAUAAUGAACAGAACCCAACCCAAGGCAUUAUUAUCAAUCACCCUGACGGGCCAGAUGUGUACAAGUGUGUUCUAAAGGAUUACACUGGGAAGGAUGUAACACCUUCCAACUUCCUAAAAGUGCUGACAGGAGAUAAAGAAGGUCUUCAUGGUAUAGGCAGUGGUAGAGCAUUGGAAAGUGGACCCCAUGAUCAUGUCUUUGUGUAUUUCGCUGACCAUGGAGCACCUGGUCUUAUUGCCUUUCCAACUGGAGAGCUAAUGAAGAAAGAUUUGAAUAAUGCAAUUAACACAAUGUACAACAAGAAGUUCUUUGCCCAGUUGGUGUUUUAUCUCGAAGCAUGCGAGAGUGGUUCAAUGUUCGAAAAAACUUUGAGUGACAGCAUGAAUGUUUAUGCAACUACUGCUGCUAACUCAGAGGAAUCAUCCUACGCUUGCUAUUUUGAUGAAAAGAGAGGGACCUACCUCGGUGAUAGGUAUUCUGUUUCAUGGCUGGAAGAUUCCGACCAGGAGAAUUUAGAUCAAGAAACUUUACACAAACAAUUCAAAGUAGCGAAAAAGCACACGAACCAAAGUCAUGUGAUGCAAUAUGGAAACCUGAGCAUGAGUCAUGAAGUAGUCGGUAUCUUCCAAGGUGAAAGACAGAGCAAAGUUAAGCCAAUGAAGCUUCGCCCAAUAUAUGAUGACGUCCCAUCACCAGACGUACCAAUCCAUAUUUUAAAGCGAAAAAUUGCAGCUGCAAAAAACCCUGAAUCUCGCCAACAUCUGCAGUUACUACUCGCCAAGGAAUUUGAAACACGCCGACGUAUUGAAUGGACAACACGUACAAUUGCUAAUGUCGCUUCAAAUGAAAAUGAUGAAAACAGUCUUGUAACAUCCACAAUGCCAGCUUUAAUUAAUCUUGAGUGUUACACUGAAGCUGUCAAGGCAUUUGACUCAAUGUGUUAUGAAUUGGAUGACUAUGAAUACGGGUACAGACAACUCUUUGUGUUUGGAAAUCUAUGUGAUAAUGGUAUACCAACAAGCAAGGUUGUUGACUCCAUAAGGCAAACCUGCAGUUAAAUUGUAAAAGUUUCAUUUCCUAUUUAAUUUGUGCAUUUUAAUGACCUUGAUUUUUCUUAAUGUUUUACAUUUUAUGUUCCAUGCAUACAACAUAGUUUUAUAGCCAGUAUAAUACACACAAUUAAACCAAAAGACACAAGCAAUACAAUACCCAACAAACGUCCAUAUUUUAGCCUAUUUUAGUAUGAGCACUUAUUAAAACCUGACAAUGCAUUUUCUUGACCUAUCAUUUUCUAUACCCUAUGUGUUACAUGUGUUUGUACAUUUUUAUUUGUCAUGUCUUAAGUAACAGCCUAAUUGUGUUAUAAAGUCCAGUGAACUGAAAAGGACAAUCCUUUAGUUAUUACCAAUUGCUGUGUAUUGAAUCACAUAUACAUACUUAUAUAAUCACAUAUGCAACUUGUUACGAACAAUAAACUUUGACGAAUUAUA